CUUCCUAGAUACUUCUUUAAAGAACUUGUUCCUCCUCUCUAUUAGAACCACUCACGAAACUUUCACCGCUAAGCACGCAUUUCAGUCUUCAUAUUUUUCUACAACGUUCUCAACAACAACAACAACAACUUCUUCAACAAACAAAACGAAAACAUUUGAAAAACCGAAAUAAUUAACUGUUUCUUCUUCAAGGGACCUUUUUUUGUUUUCGAAAUUUUUGCGGAUUUGUUUUUCGUUUUCAGUUCUUUUUUCAAAUUCUGAUCGAACCACAGGUGUUCGAUCUCUGGACUAUUAUCGCUAAAUCUAAUGCCAGAGAUCGAAAAUGCUCCCAACAACAAUGCGUUGUUUGGGAAAUACGAGCUGGGAAGGCUUUUGGGAUGCGGUGCCUUCGCUAAGGUUUACCACGCACGCAAUGUCAGUACCGGACAAAGCGUGGCGAUUAAGAUCAUCAACAAGAAGAAGAUCGCGGGUACGAGUUUGAUGUCUAAUAUCAAGCGCGAGAUCUCGAUUAUGCGCAACCUCAGUCAUCCAAAUAUUGUCAAACUCUAUGAAGUGCUCGCUUCGAAAACCAAGAUCUACUUCGUGUUGGAGUUCGUCAAAGGCGGCGAGUUAUUCGCUAAGGUCGCUAAAGGCCGAUUCACCGAAGAUCUCAGCCGGAAGUACUUCCAGCAGCUCAUAUCCGCCGUCGGAUUCUGCCACUCGCGCGGCAUCUUCCACCGCGAUCUCAAGCCGGAGAAUCUCCUCCUCGACGAGAGCGGCAGCCUGAAAGUCUCCGAUUUCGGACUCUCCGCCGUCAAGGAGCAGAUCCGACCCGACGGGCUCUUGCACACUCUGUGCGGCACGCCUGCUUACGUGGCGCCGGAGAUUUUGACGAAGAGAGGCUACGACGGCGCGAUGAUCGACGUUUGGUCGUGCGGCGUCAUUUUGUACGUCCUGAACGCCGGUUAUUUGCCGUUUAACGAUCCCAACCUGAUGGCGAUGUACAAGAAGAUUUACAAAGGAGAGUACCGGUGUCCGAAGUGGUUUUCCUCGGAUCUGAGGCGGUUCCUGUCUCGGCUUUUGGACACGAAUCCCGAGAAGAGGAUUACCAUUGAUGAGAUGUUGAGGGACCCAUGGUUUAAGAAAGGGUACAAGGAAGUGAAUUUCUACGACGAGGAGGUUAAGGUGGAGGAGUUCAAGGUUACAGAAUUGAACGCCUUUGAUAUCAUUUCGUUCUCGUCGGGUUUGAACUUGUCUGGUUUGUUCGACGACUCGUGUAACUCGAGCGACAGUGGGCUACAGCGAUUCGUGUCCACCGAGUCGCCGGAGAAGAUCGUGGAGAAAAUUGAGGACUUCGCGAAGGUGGAGAAGUUGAAGGUGAAGAGCAAGAAAGAUUGGGGCGUGGAGCUGGGAGGGCAGAGUGGUAAUUUGGUGUUUGGUGUCGAUGUUUACCGGUUAACGGAGAAGCUGGUGGUGGUGGAGGCUAAAAAAAGAGGCGGCGACACCGGUUGUUACAAAGAUAUGUGGAAGAACAAGCUUAGACCUCAACUCAAUGGCUUAUCAUUAUCAAUGGCAAUGUCUCCUCAACCUGAAACUUCCCAGAUUGCCGGUUGCUAAAUAUGUUCAUUUUGUCAUUCCCAUGUCAUUCAAAAACAAAACAUUCAUGGUGAGGAACCCCGGAAAUACGGGUGUGUUGUAUGUUAGCACAGUGUAAAAUAUAUUUCUAAGUAAGGAUAUAAUUAUGGUGGUGUAUUUCGGUGUUUGUGUUUUUUUUUUUUUUUUUUUGUAUGUGGAAUAAAAUAUUAUAUCCCACUUAAAAAAUAGGUCUAGUUUGUGAUGGAGUUUCAGUUUUCAACGUAACAGCAGCUCUGUAGUUCUGUUCUGUUUCUGGAUAUCUUUGUGUACAUGAGAACAACAACAGUGAUGGACUAAUUAAUAAUUACACUGAUCGCAGAUUUCUUA